AUGGCACCAAAAAAGGGGAACCAGUUCAAUCCACAGGACCUGACCCAAAUGGGUGAGACCCUGGAGGGAGUAAAGCUUCAGCUGGAAGGCUUGGAGGUUCAGUUGGAAUGCUUGAAGGAGAUAAAGAGCCAACUACAAGGGAUGCAAGGCCUGAUGAAAGAGAUUCAACACCUCAAAGAGGAAAAUGAGAAAAAAGAUGGGCUGAUAAUAGCUCUAAACAACAAAAUGGAGGAGCUUGAUCAACAAAACAAGCUAAAUGAUGUGAUCAUUACGGGUAUUGAGAUCAAGCCCAGGAGCUAUGCAGCAGCGACGAGAGGACAGGAGGAGAUGAAGGAGGAAGACAUCCAAUCUGUGGAAAAGCAGGGCUCCUGCUACGUCCAAAAGAGGAUUCAUACUGAAGAGAAGCCAUACACCUGUGAUCAGUGUGGGCAAGCUUUUACCACGUCAAGUAUUUUAAGGAGUCAUCAGCGUAUCCACACUGGAGAAAAGCCAUACAAAUGUGAUCAGUGUGGGGAAGCUUUUACCCGACAAGAUGAUCUAAGGCGUCAUCAGCGUAUUCACACUGGAGAAAAGCCGUACAAAUGUGAUCAGUGUGGGGCAGCUUUUACCCAACAAGGUCAUCUAAGGAGUCAUCAGCGUAUUCACACUGGAGAAAAGCUGUACAAAUGUGAUCAGUGUGGGGAAGCUUUUACCCGACAAGAUGAUCUAAGGCGUCAUCAGCGUAUUCACACUGGAGAAAAGCCGUACAAAUGUGAUCAGUGUGGGGCAGCUUUUACCCGACAAGAUCAUCUAAGGCGUCAUCAGCAUAUUCACACUGGGGAUAAGCCUUACAGAUGUGAUCAGUGUGGGGCAGCUUUUACCGAACAAGGUCAUCUAAGGCGUCAUCAGCGCAUUCACACUGGGGAUAAGCCUUACAGAUGUGAUCAGUGUGGGGCAGCUUUUACCCAACAAGGUCAUCUAAUGCAUCAUCAGCGUAUUCACACUGGAUUUAAGCCGUACAGAUGUGAUCAGUGUGGGGCAGCUUUUACCCAACAAGGUCAUCUAAGGAGUCAUCAGCGUAUUCACACUGGGGAUAAGCCUUACAAAUGUGAUCAGUGUGGGGCAGCUUUUACCGAACAAGGUCAUCUAAGGAGUCAUCAGCGUAUUCACACUGGAUUUAAGCCGUACAGAUGUGAUCAGUGUGGGGCAGCUUUUACCCAACAAGGUAGUCUAAAGUGUCAUCAGCGUAUUCACACUGGAGAUAAGCCUUACAGAUGUGAUCAGUGUGGGGCAGCUUUUACCCAACAAGGUAGUCUAAAGUGUCAUCAGCGUAUUCACACUGGAGAUAACCCUUACAGAUGUGAUCAGUGUGGGGCAGCUUUUACCAUGUCAGGUCAUCUAAGGAGUCACCAGUGUAUUCACACUGGAGAAAAGCCGUACAAAUGUGAUCAGAGUGGGGCAGCUUUUACCCGACAAGGUCAUCUAAGGCGUCAUCAGCGUAUUCACACCAGAUAAAAAAUUGUCCGUGAUCAGCGUGGGGCAGCUUUUACUUGGAGAGCUCAGUUAAAGGUAGCAAUU